AACCCCAAAAGUUGAGUAUAUCCUAAACCCCUGCCGCGCAACUCCACCGUCCUCCACUGCGGAGGCAAGCACACAAACCACCCACAAAACCCUAAGUCUCACCUCGGCAAAACCCUAAUCCCUCCGCCAACUCAUGGCUCGACGAGAGUCCCACAGCCACCACCCCCACCACCACCAAGGCACGCACACCAGAUUCGAGGACGAACAGAUCGAAGAAGCGACGGAGAGCUCCAACCUCGAAGAUCCUAUGUGCGACGCAGACGAGUCCACCAUUGGCCAAGACAAAGCCAUUGAUGACACGAUGUGCGAGCCUGGCGAGUCUGAUAAAGACAUUGCACGAUCUUUCGAGCUCGACGACUCCGUCAUUGGCAGUGAUAAGACCAGCGCCGAUUAUUACUUCGACUCCUAUUCUCACUUCGGUAUUCAUGAAGUAAGUGUGCCGCUUUGGAUGUUAAGCUUUUCUAUAACUUCGGUUAUGCAUAGUUUUUAUAACUAUAUGAUAUCAGUGGAAAUGUUGAAGGAUGUUGUGAGAACUAAGACCUAUCAAAAUGUCAUUUAUAAGAAUAAGUUUCUGUUCAAGAACAAAGUAGUCCUUGAUGUGGGAGCAGGGACUGGAAUUCUGUCCCUCUUUUGUGCAAAGGCAGGGGCAAAACAUGUUUAUGCGGUUGAGUGUUCCCAUAUGGCUGACAUGGCAAAAGAGAUUGUUGAAGUAAAUGGAUUUUCUGAUGUUAUAACAGUUAUGAAAGGAAAGGUUGAAGAAAUUGUUCUUCCUGUUGCUCAAGUGGAUAUCAUUAUAUCAGAAUGGAUGGGCUACUUUUUGUUGUUUGAGAAUAUGUUAAAUACAGUCCUAUAUGCUCGUGAUAAAUGGCUUGUGAAUGAUGGUAUUGUGCUGCCAGACAAAGCAUCUCUCUAUUUGACAGCCAUUGAGGAUGCGGAGUACAAAGAAGACAAGAUUGAAUUUUGGAACAGUGUGUAUGGCUUUGACAUGAGCUGUAUCAAGAAGCAAGCAAUGAUGGAACCACUUGUGGACACAGUUGAUCAGAAUCAGAUCGUCACAAACUGCCAGUUACUCAAGACUAUGGACAUCUCUAAAAUGGCUCCUGGGGAUGCUUCCUUCACAGCUCCUUUUAAGCUUGUGGCAUCACGCGAUGAUUACAUCCAUGCUCUUGUAGCAUAUUUUGAUGUAUCAUUUACCAAGUGUCAUAAAUUGACAGGCUUCUCCACAGGGCCAAGAUCACGGGCUACACAUUGGAAACAAACAGUCCUGUAUCUGGAAGAUGUGCUAACCAUAUGCGAAGGGGAGACAGUUGUUGGGAGCAUGACAGUGGCCCAGAACAAGAAGAAUCCUCGUGACGUUGAUAUAAUGAUCAAAUAUUCCUUCAAUGGUCAGCGUUGCCAGGUCUCAAGAACUCAAUAUUACAAGAUGCGUUAGUUUGUUGGAGAUUGCUCCAUAGCCAAUGCUUUUUGCCAUUGCAAGAUCGCAAAGAGUCUGCCAGAAACAUGAUUUGUUUCCUAUUUAAAUGCUUGAGCAGCAAUUAUCAUUAUAUUGAAAAAGGUGUAUCAUCGUUGUAACUGUAACUUGAGUUUUCACACAAACACUAAUGGUUAUUGAAAUGUAAUGCUGAAAUUUUUGGCUCUGAA